AUGUGGAUCUACGGCACCGUGUCGGAGAAGCUUCUCGACACCAUCCUCAAAGCCAAAUCCACCGCUCGAGAUCUAUGGCUCACCCUCGAAGCCCUCUUUUGUGACAACAAAGAAGCUCAGUCCAUUCAAUACGACAACAAGUUUCGUACCCUUGUGAUUGGUGACAUGAGUGUCACUGAUUACACACAUAAAUUGAAUAAUCUUGCUGAUCUUUUAGCCAAUGUUGAUGCUCCUGUGACGAAUCAUGCGUUGGUCAUGCACAUGCUUAAUGGGUUCUCAGCUAAGUUUGACAAUAUCAUUAAAGUGAUUCAGCAUCAGUCCCCCUUUCCGUCUUUCAUUAAGGCCAGAUCUAUGCUUCUAAUGGAGGAGAAGCGUCUUACCAAGCAGGUUCCCACUCUGCCAGCUCAUAACACUGAUUCAUCCCCAAACAGUGUUCUGUACACACAUUCUGAUCCUCAAUAA